AUGUCAGAGCAAUUCACACAGCAGCUGGAGGGCUACCUCCGUGAAUAUCACCCCAACAGGCUCAAUAUCCCCCCAGGGAGUGGAGCAGCACCCGGAAGCAGCAAGAACCCGGUCGUGGUCAUCGAAGGGGAUGAGAAUGUCAACCCCAACCCAGCUGGCGAGACCAAGACCAAGCCCGCAGCGACGAAGGCCGCUUCUUCUGGCACCAAGAAGCGCAAGUCUGACAGCGGAGAAGAGUUUGACAAGGAGCGCAUGUUUCCGGACGAGCUGAUUCACAUGGACGACGACGACCCGCGUCUCAGCCCGUACGUCACCGAAACCUGCAACGCGGUCCGGCGCAAGAUCAGGACUUUCAUCGAGACCGGCGCGAUGAAGGUCGGUGAGUUCCAGAAGAUGAUCGGCGUCAGCCCUGCUGCCUACGCCAACUUCAUGAACCGCACCGGAGCCCAUGACGGUGACGGCUGCGCCCUCUACUACAACGCGUCGAUCUACUUCCAGAAGCGCCAGGUGCUCGGUCUGCCUCUCAAGGGGCCCGGCGGCGCAAAGAAGGCCAAGACGGCCAAGUCGACCGGCGAGUCAGCCGGCGCUGCCCCCGCGGGUGGCAAGAAGAAGGAGGCCGAGGACGCGGCAGCUGUCCUCGACGUCAGUGGCAUUGAGCUGGACGGUGAAGACACCGGCUCAGUGCCCGUCUUCGACACCUGCGACGAGGUGCGAAAGAAGAUCCGGGCCCUCCUGACCAAGCACGACAUCACCCAGGCGGCCUUCGUGCGUGCGCUGGGAGAGGUGGCGCCGGAGGGCCGCAAGCCGUCCGCCGCGAACCUGCGCUAUUUCAUGGGCCAGAAGGGCCCGCGGUCGGGCAACACCUCGGGCGCCUUCUACGCGGCCUACGUCUUCUUCGAGAAGCGGCGCAUCAAGGACAACAAACCCAAGACCAAGUUCCGCCUGGACAUGGAGGAUGUCCAUGGCUGGCAGGGCAUGGAUGUGAUAAAUGGAGCAAACACGAGCUACAUCGUUUCUGCGCACAGCAGGCCGACAGGCAAACUAGGUAGCUACGAAAGUCAGCUCCAAAAACGGAAUCUUCGACUGCAAAGUUAUUAUGCUCAUCUCUCCUCACUGACAAGAAGAAAUAUCGCCAACAUGGGCGAGAGGCAUCAGCUUUUCGUCAUCGCCCGCGUUGGCAAAUACUACCGCUGCCUUGCAGUCGUUCACCAUCAGUGGCUCGAGGGAGAUGACGUUCUGGCUACCUGCCUGCGUCUGAUACGGAUCUUCAACGACCCAAGCAACCAGCCCGCCCUUGCAGAAGAGAUCAAGCUUGCCGAUGCCUUCUUCACCAGCCCUCCCAGCUCGGAGCGGCCUAGAUGCGACUGGGACGACUCUUCUGUUCAUUUUCCCUUCGUCAUGACAUGUCUCCUGGUCGGCACUUCCUAUGAUCCAGCGACUGACUGGGUUCAUUCUGCUUUGGUUGAGCCGCACAACAUGGGAUUCGACGGCGGAGACAACAACACCGGCAUCACGGUACUUGAUAUCACCCGUCCCGGGGGCACCCGAUAUUGCUUUGUGGGCCUACACUUCUCAGACACGGACAAGGCUCUGUCGGCCAGGGACUAUGCCGACACAUGCGAGUUCACGCCAGAUUCGGAUCUGCUCUGCCAAUUUGACACGCUGGGAGUGAAUACAACCGAAGUGCUUUCGCAGACAUGGCCAUACGGAAAAUGGUGCACCACCUCUACGGACGAAUCCUCGUCGACCGAGCAGGAUCCCAAGUCUACACGAGAGGUUGCGUCUCCAGACAAUCCAUCAAGCCUUGACCUGGGACGAUAUGCCAGAGCUUUCAGUAUGGAAGAACUUUCGACAGUCGGUGCAACGCAGGAGAUCGAGACACAUCCUAUUGUGCAGCUACUCUUCACGCGGCGGUUCGGUCCAGGCGUUAAUCCCUCGAUUCAGGAAGAACUUGGUUUCUCCUGCCGCCUCUUCCUUCAGGACAUGAAUAUGAGUCCAGUCCGGUUCACCAAUGCACUGCUUCAACUCAUUGGAGCAUGUUCGGCGACUGAUUGUUGCAUGCUCCCUGGCAGCAUCGCUUCCCACGUUGCCUACAUUCUUUCCACCAGCUCCUCUACGCUCGGCAGUACAGAUUUGGUAGAGAUUGGCCCCCUACCGGCAGAGAUCUACAAGAUUGCUCGUGAGCACCACCAUAACCUCAGCUCUAGGGGUCGGUACUACUGCUCGAUGAGAGACCUCAUGCCAGAGACUUGGACUGUCCUCGUCCAGAUGGACGCAGAUCACUUUGGUAGGAGAAUGGAUGCCACAGUCAAAAUCCGGUACGCAUUUGUGCGCGCACGCAAGCAAAUCAUUGCCAAGUGUGACGAUGAAAAGAAGCCUCCAGUCAUCGCCUCCUCGGACGUGGACAUCAUGGAUUUGGCAGGCUUCCUGACGGAGACUGGCGUUCCGGAUGGAGCCCGCGAUCUACAGCCGGCUCUACAGAGACUCGAAGAGAGGAUUGCCGACGCCGAGCUGAGAGACCCUGCCCGUGAUGGCGCAGGUGCUGACUUUGCUCUGUCCUUCAUGGGCACGGAUGAGGCUUGUCUUCUGCUAGGUCAACAUAUCGCGGACAAUGCGCGUGACAUCAACAUUACACCCCAGGCGCGGAGGCUGUAG